UCUCUCAGUCAUCCUCUCCCGCCGUGGUGCUGAGCCUGCGACGUUGCUUAGAGAGAAAGAGGGGGGAGAGAGAGAGGAAAAAAAUCUCAUCCUUUCUGCUCCAGCCACUGAACGCACCAUCUGACGGGGGAAUAAGUGAAGAUCACUCCGAGGUCCCACGCCACUGAGUUACACAGACGUCAAGUCUUCAGUAAGAGCAUGAAGACAAGUUGCUUCCCUUCAAAUUGUAGCUCAAGAAAUUAUGACAUAACAAGGAUCUGCUGCUCAUCACCAUAAUGCUGAGACAGGCAUUCUAAAUCCCUCACUCCUUCUUCAGCACCCAACCCAGACCCGUAUCUUUUUUUUUUGGAAGUUUUUCCUGGUUUUCCUUAUCCUACAAUCAAAUCCUUCUUCGUCUUUGCCCUGAUUAUAGCCUUUGCACUCUACCCUUUUUCUUUUCGUUGACAUCAUGCGGCGUGCUUCCACUGUUUCAGUUCUCCUCCCUCUUAUACUUUUUUCGCUCCUCUUCUUUUCCUGGUUUCCCAACAUGGCCAACGGGGACUGCUGGCUCAUUGAAGGAGACAAAGGCUACGUUUGGCUAGCUAUAUGCAGUCAGAACCAGCCUCCCUAUGAGACUAUCCCCCAGCACAUCAACAACACAGUCCAUGACUUGAGGCUGAACGAAAACAAGCUGAAAGCCGUGCUUUUCAGUUCCAUGUACCGAUUCACGAACUUGACCGACCUAAACUUAACCAAGAAUGAAAUCAGCUAUAUUGAGGACGGCGCUUUUGCAGGACAAGCCAAUUUACAGGUUCUUCAACUGGGUUACAACAAGUUGACGAAUAUCACUGAAGGCAUGAUGAGAGGACUUGGUCACAUGCAGUGCCUCUUCCUACAGCACAACCUCAUUGAAGUUGUUGCAAGCAAUGCAUUCUGGGAGUGCCCCAGUCUCAGCAGCAUUGACCUGUCGUCCAACAAACUCGCCCACAUCGACCCGGUCACAUUCACAGCUCUGAACCGCCUGAUGGUAUGUGAACUGGCUGCAAAUCCAUUCCACUGCGGUUGCGAUCUUCUAGGUUUCCUGCGCUGGCUCGAAUCCUUCAACAAUGUGACGCACACUUAUGAUCGCCUYCAGUGUGAAACACCAAGGGAAAUAUACGGCUACCCCUUACUGAGUUCUUUUUCUUCAAGUCACAGUGGCCGCAAUGCCAAAAACAUUUUGAACCAUCGCUGCAAGGAUGGUGUAAUGAUUCCAGGUAUGACGUCUCUGCCACCAGAUAUCGACGGUCCUUCUGGGAUUGGGCCGGACAUGUUUGGUGGUGUCGGGCCAUACUACCAACCCACCCCAUCGUCUUCAUCCACAGACGACAGCCUGAGCCCGAGCAUUAAGCUCCAACAUGUCUCUUCGUCGUCAGCCUCUGUCAUUAUAAAAAUUCCAAGGCCGUUCAGCAAAAUGUAUAUUCUUACACAAUACAACUACUCAAUGGCAUCUGAUGUCACCAAUUUGAAACUGAUGAUACAAAAAAUAACUCUCGACAAGCUUAGACCUAGCAAUAAUUACACCUUCUGUGUAUGCUCUGUCCGUAACUCUCAGCGUUAUAACCACACCUGUCUCCAGUUUACCACGCGAGGCCAAAAUCGGGACGAUAUGCUCCCCACUCCCUCAACCACUACUCACUACAUAAUGACCAUUGUAGGCUGCCUUUUCGGCAUGCUCAUUGUCAUAGGAAUUGUCUACUACUGUCUUCGUAAAAAACGAAUGCAUGACGAGAAGAGAAAGUCCAUCUCCGUGAAAAAAACUAUUCUUGAAAUGCGCUACGGACCAGAGGUGGCAGCAGCAGUAGCAAAUGAUCCAUCGGCAGUCCAAAAGCUUCAGGAGCAGUCCAGGGAGCAUCACCAGUAUCAGCAUCACCAUGGUGGAAAACUGUCCACGUCCUCCAGCUCUGGACUGCUACAUUCUGCAAACACUACCUCCUCAAGGCUUUCCUCUAUCCCUCAAGUGGAAAAGAUGGCCUCGGCUUUCUCCGAAGCAAUGGCUACAAGUAAAGGAAACUACAUGGAUGUGAGAACUGGAGGGGCUGGGAUGGAAAGAGUGGGGGACGGUGGCCAUGGCGGGAGAAGGGGCGACGACCUGAGGGACGACGACGGAACCGAUCUUGGCGAUGAUUCAGAUGACGACGGGCACGGCUCCGCCUCGGAGAUUUCUACCAUUGCCAUGGAGGUGGACAAAGUUAACCAAAUUAUUAACAACUGUAUUGAUGCCCUUAAACUUGAUGCAGCAGCAGUUGCUGCUUCAGGCACCUCGACUAGCCACACAGCUUCUAACAAUCCCACCUCCCCACCGCCCACCAGCACCUCCUCCCUUACCCGUGGCCUAAUCCCAGGAGCGACAGAGACGUGUCAGGUCAUUGCUCCAAACAAAAUACCGCCUCCUCCGCCCCUGCCUGCACUAAACACCCCUCUCUCUGAGCGACCAGGGAUCACUGGCGGGGGCUUCGUUGUCUCUCCCCCGUACAGGCACCCUCCCCCAGCCUCAGCUGCACGUCCCAUUCAACGGCAAAUGAGUGCAGAUGCAGCUGUUGUUAUGGCAAAUGCUGUCAAAAAACAGAGCAGCACCACAUCUUGUGGCUCCACAGGUCGAGACAGGGAACGUGGAGGAACUCGAGUGUACAGUCUGGACGUUCCUGAACCAAGAAGCCCGGAUGCCUGUAACCAACAACAGCCGCAGUACCCAGACCGAGCCAGUCCUGUGGGAUGUGGGGAGCCGCUGGAGAGACUGCCUUUAGUAGGGAGUGGGAGCUGUGGAGGAGGGGGUGGUGGUUGCGACAGUGGUGGUGUUGGUGCCCAACAUCCGGACAGCCAGAAGUCACAUCAUUACCAUCAGCAACAGCAGAUACAGCAGCAGCAGCAGCAGCUGGACGUGCAGCAGGACUACCACUGCUCGGAGCACCGCCACUCUGUCCCAGCUCUUUACUACCAAGGGUCCCACCAUGGCUCCCCAGCCCAGCGGGUUUCUUUUCUAAAACCCCUGACACGAUCCCGCAGGGACGCAGCAUCCUAUUCCCAGCUUUCCCCUGCCCGCCAACACUCCAGUUACUCUGGAUACUCUUCUAGCCCAGAAUACUCAUCGGAGAGCUCGCUGCGCAUCUGGGAGCGCUUUCGUCCGUACCGAAAAGGGCCUCGCGACGAGGCCUGUUACGUGACAGCUGGAAAUGCUCUUCGAAAGAAGGUGCAGUUUGCUAAAGGCGAGGACCUGCAUGACAUCCUUGAUUAUUGGAAGGGUGUCUCUGCUCAGCAGAAGUUGUAACUGGGAACGGAAGUUAAGCAGAGGUGGAAAUUGAGUUUUGGUACUUUUUAUCCUGAUAAGCCCGUGGGCCAGAGAAACCAUUUGAAGUUUAUUGAGGGGAAAAAUGUAGGACAAAUUUUUCCCAUGGGCUUGUUUUUUUUUUUUCUUUCUUGUUUUUGGCAUGCUAGGUGUAUAGGAUAUUGUGCUACAAGCAAGUACUGUGAAACUGUGCCUGGGAAUUGGACAUUCAUUACAGUGCUUUUUUGAAGUUUUUUUUAACACUUCAUUGUAGCAUUUUUUCCCCUUUUUUUUGGUGUUUGUGUGUUUCGUUUAUUAUACAGGGAACAAAUGCCUACUGUGUAAUUUAGUACUCUUUCAAGUGAUCAUGUUUUGUGAUCCUAUGGACCAUUUUUUUAAAUCAGUGCCAUGUUUCAUCUCAAGCUUUAAGCUUAUUUGAUCCUAGAUGUUCCUGUUGUGUAUCAGAGUUUACAUUCAUUUCAGCUUUUAAAUGAUAGGUGAUGCGGAAAGUAUGGAAUGAAGACCCUGUUUUGCAAAUUCAAAGAUUGGUGAAAAAUCUGCACAAUACAGUGUUGCACUCUUUCCUCUCUUUCAAGCAUUUGUUGCAAUGAAAAAAAUAGAUCAUUUGCAUUCAAAUGCUGACAUGAAAUUAUCAGGUCAAAAUUAACUAUUAAGUUGUGUGAAUUUGGAGAGAGAUGAGAAAAAGUAGGGGUUUUGUUCGAAGCAUCAAACAUGUUUCCAUUUAACACUUUUACAUGGUUUAGUGAGUGAAAUGAUCAAAGAACAAACUUUUUUUUUUUUGUAAAAAUAAUGAUUAUUCAUCAUUCAUAAGGGGUGUGACAAUACAUCCAUCUCAAGUCUUGAGAACAAAAUGAAACUAACUUUUUUAGGAAAACUAAGGCUAUUGUUCACACAAACGGAAAAUGAGACCCAAAUCCGAUUUUUGACCCAAAUGCAACCCAUAUCUGACUUUUACAAGCCAAAUUCAAGUCUUUUCACCCCCCAAAAUGUCUGAUUGGUGCCACUAAGCCACAUAUGUAUCUGACAAAGUCUGCUGUCAGAACUGUCAUGCCGCGUUCUGUCUGACCUCUGUGUCACUGAUUUAAGACAUGCAUCAUAAUUCUGCGCCAGAAGAAGCCAGACUUCAACAAGCAGUGAUGACACUGGAUGAAGCUAAUCAAUGGAAAUGCAGUGACAACACCGUCACCUCCCAUUUCGCCGCAACUUAAAAAUUGAUCUAUAGUGUGCUCCUGUGUGAUGUGUACAUUUUUCUGCACAUGUGGAUUGCUGUAGGGUCUCAGCUGCUCACACAGGAACUUGAUUGCAUUUAAUUAGUAAUAAGAACAAGCAAAAACACAUUUUAGGAAAGGAAUGGAAUUAAGCAUCAAGAUACUAUGUGUGAACGUAGCCUUAGAUUUCUGUUGUCUUCCCUAUCAAAUGCAGGUUUUGCAAAUCACAAUCUGAUGUAAAGAAAUUAUAAUCAGUGCAGAGUAUCUCAGUCUAAGUUGGACGCGAGUCAAUAUGAUAACAUUUUGAUGAUUGUCUUAGUCCAAGGUUGACUUUAUGCCCAAACAAGCAUUGAAAGUCCAUCUUUCUAGUGUUUUCACCCAUACAGUGUAGGCUUUUAUUAAUUUAUUUCCUGCGUUUUAAUAUUUGAACUAAGUAUUUUAGAUUUUGAAGCAGGAAUGAUCAAGUUAAGUCCAGAGUCACCAGAAAAAGUGACGUUGCCCUUUAGUUUCACACCAAUAGGAAGUUGUCAUGUCAACUUCAGCAUCUACAGCAGCUAUGGCUAACUUUUCUUUGUUUUACCAGGUAUUCCAAAUGCUACUAAAUAAAUGAAGAUUUCUCCAAUGUUUUUGUGGCCUUGUGUUAACUGGCCAUAACAGCAGGAAGUUCAUAACCCUGUCUGGGCUACUCAAGAACUGCUUCUUUUCUUACUUUAAAAUAAGGGUCUCAAACAUCGAUAACACAGGCUGUCAAGUGUAAAGCAGUCACCUUUGCAUCCAGGGCUUAUAACAGCAGCUUAGAUUCACUUCACCAGGAGAAGUUCUGACCUGGAUGGAAAUGGAUUUAGCUCCGUGAGCCAUUUUUAUGUCCUGAGUUCUCAUGCCACUGAUAAACACCCCUUGUUGUUGAGGUUUUUUUAACACAAAAUGUUUGUUAUUUAUAGAUGAGUUUACAUAUCUCCCCUUGAAAACUGUUAUACUCCCCACCGACCAAAAAAGACCAAAAACAUGUGAGUGAAAGAAAUGCAAUCGGAAGAUGACGUACAAACAAUAUUUCUGAGUACAGGAGAAAUGUACAUAGGUUAUAAACUUGUAAUGUUGGAGAGUAUCGUUUAAUAUGAGCAUGACGUUACAUUCCAAACUCUUUGUCAAACAUUCAAAAUGAACGAGGCACAGUAGGAAAGGGUGCUUAUGAUUACUGCCAAUGUGUUUAUUCUGUUUCGGAAACAAUCGCUAUUGUCUAUAAAUGAUAACCUAAUUAACCAACUUGUGACAGGCAUCUCCUCUUGCACUUUAUGCCUCAUAAUUGUGUAUGUGUAGCUGUGUGGUACACAGUGGUCAUUGUAAGGAAGUGUCGGCAUGCCUCGUCAGAUAAUAUCUUAUAUGCCCAAACAGGCUUAAAUUAAUAUCUUUUUUUUUUUUUUCCCUGUGUCUGGUUGUCUCAGUCUGAGCAACAAUAGAUUAUUAAUGGCAUGUACAAAUGUACAUAUGUCAUACAAGUUCGUGGUACUUUUUGUCAUACUUCGGACAUCACAGUGCUGUGAUGAUUCACAAAUGUACUGUGCUUGUUUUUUUUUUUUUUGGUAACAGCCAUCUGUGGACCUUUCCUCAGAUUUUUGGGCAAAUUAACCCUUUUCAUAAUCUGCAAUUUGUGUCACUAGCCUGGAUUUAGAAAAAAAAAAGUGUAGUUAUUCAGCCAUCGAGGACRUUCUGUGAAAGUUUUUUUAGCUGCUAUGUUUUUAACAUUCUUCUAAGGUURUCUUUUACCGACUUCCCACCUUACCUGCCCCCUUGGGUAAAGUGGGAUGUUGGUAUGAGAGGAGGUAAUGAUCUGUUAUGCAGGCACACAUGAGCAGUAUUUUCUGGAUUGUUUUAAGUGUUGAACUUUUGCAGUUGACCUUCAGCAUUAUACUUAUUCUGGUGAGUAAAUGCAAGGUUAACAGAAAAUAUGCAAAAGCAUGUCCAUGUAUCUCCGUACCGAUCUCAUUCUCGUUUUAUUUCUUUAAACAGUGGUUACCUUGCACUUUUUUCUACCAAUUUUGCAUUUGUGAGGUGUUAAGAAGAAGCAUCUCUUUGAUAUUCCAAAUUCAGACAUGAGAGGUGGAAACACCAAAACAAAAUUCAUGUUUCAAAUGUGGCUUUGUCGGUGCUGGAAUAUCCCGUCCCGUCCCGAGUGCCACAUUUCUAGCGUAGACCACCGUUUUAUGAUCAUUGAGAUGUUUCAGCUUUUGUUUCUUUCCAAUCAUCUCAAGUAAAAAAAACAAAACACCAUUUUCAAGGAACACAAGAUACUUUUAUCAAACCCCUGGAUAAUUUACUCGCUUCGUCUUUCGCUGAUAUUUUUGGAGCAUUUUAUCAAACAGGGGAAAUUUGGUCUAUUUCCUCUAUUCACUGCAGUUUCAACUGCCAAAACCAGUUUACAGAAAUGGACUCUGAUGGUAAAACAGCAAACGUUCAGGAUAAGAAUGACGGCUUCAUCUCAGCAGCCAUUCAUGUUCAUUUUUCAAAAUACACACAAAAAAAUGUGACCGAAAAUGUUGUUUGUAUUUUCAUGAAUAACAACUGAAUUCAUACAUUUCUAUUUUAUUAACAUAUAUAUAUGUAUAUCAAUGUGUUUUCAGGAAAUAGACUUUCAGGUGUAAGAUGUUUCAACUACUCUUCUGCUCUGACUCUAUUAAAACAUUUGCUUUAACUUACAAUGAAGCAUUCACAAUCCUAUUUCAAUGUCGGGGUGUGAGUUGUUUUUUUUUUCCAAUAAAAAAAU